AUGUUGAGCGAUGCGGAGGAGCGGCGCGAGGAGGAGGAGUCCGAGGCGGAGGGGGCGGAGCCUCUGCCGCAGUUGCUAUGGCGACAGAGGGCGACGGAGGACGAGGCUGAUCUGCAGGCCGUGGCGUCAUCUCCCGACGGACGCUUCCUCAAGUUCAACAUCGAGAUCGGACGAGGAUCCUUCAAGACGGUCUUCAAAGGUCUGGACACCGAGACCACGGUGGAGGUGGCCUGGUGCGAGCUGCAGACCCAGCGGCUGUCGCGCUCCGAGAGGCAGCGGUUCUCGGAGGAGGUGCAGAUGCUGAAGGCGCUGCAGCAUCCCAACAUCGUGCGCUUCCUGGACUGGUGGAAGGUCAGCUCCAGCGGACAGCGCUGCACCGUGCUGGUCACCGAACUCAUGACCUCCGGGACGCUCAAGACAUACCUGCGUCGCUUCCGUCACAUCCGGCUGAAGCUGCUGCAGCGGUGGAGUUAUGAGAUCCUGAAGGGGCUGCAGUUCCUCCACUCCCGCUCCCCCCCCAUCCUCCACCGGGACCUCAAGUGCGACAACAUCUUCAUCACGGGCCCCAGCGCCUCCGUCAAGAUCGGGGACCUGGGGCUCGCCACGCUCAAGAAGAACUCCUUCGCCAAGAGCGUGAUCGGGACCCCGGAGUUCAUGGCUCCAGAGAUGUACGAGGAGAAGUACGACGAGGCGGUGGACGUCUACGCCUUCGGGAUGUGUAUCCUGGAGAUGGCCACGUCUGAAUAUCCAUAUUCUGAGUGCAACAACGCUGCUCAGAUCUACAAGAAAGUCACCAGCGGGAUCAAACCGGACAGUUUCAACAGAGUGAAGGUUCCGGAGCUGAAGGAGAUCAUCGAGGGAUGCAUCCGCCCUAACAGCAGCGAGAGGUUCACGGUGACGGACCUCAUGGAGCACCGGUUCUUCGAGGAGGAGCUGGGCGUGAAGGUGGAGGCCGCAGAGGAAGACGACGGCCUGAAGGGGGCGAUCCUGCUGCUGCUCAAGAUGGACGGGAACCGGAAACUGCACGGGAAAUACAAGGACAGCAACGCCAUCGAGUUCCUGUUCGACCUGAACAAAGACAGCCCCGAAGUGGUGGCCCAGGACAUGGUGAUCCUGGGCUUCGUGAGCGAGGUGGACUACAAACCUGUGGCCAAAGCCAUCAGGUACAGAGUGAGCGCCAUCAAGAGGCAGCGCGAGAGAACGCAGCGCGCAAACGAGGACGAUGAGUUGGCCAAUCAGAGGCUAGAGUCACUACUGAGCCCGCCCACCACUCCUGUCACUCAGGACUGGCCUUCAGACCCAGGCCGGUCUCAGGCUUCGUCCGGUGGGUCCAGUUGGAGCCCAGUGGAUUCUGGGAUCAGUGGUGUUUCCAGCCGAAACGUGGGUGAAGACCGACGUCCAGGCUCCACCUCCUCAACUGAAAGUGGAUCAUCUGUUUCCUCCGGUUUGUCGAGCAUCACCGAAGCCCCGCCCACAUCCGCCUCCCCCUUACGAAGCCCCGCCCCCCAGGGCAUCAACUCCUCCCCUUCCGUCUUGAGCCCCUCCCAAUCAUCUCAAAUCUCAAGCCCUGUGCUUCCUGUCAGAAACUCUGCCUCCCUAGCCACUAGCCCCGCCUCUUUCACACUAGGCCCCGCCCCUCCCAGACGAAACUCCACCUCCUAUUCUUAUAACCCCGCCUCUGCUGCUACGAGCCAAUCAGCAGGGUCCAGACACACAACCUCUUUAUCCUAUAAUCAAGAAAGUUUGGCUCCGGCGUCGUCAAGAAGCUCCUUUCAUUCGUAUAACCCUGCAGAUAAUUUGCAAAGCCCCGCCCCUCCACCGCGCAACACCACCUCAUUAGCAUAUAACCCGGCACAAGCUAGCACCAGCGCAACCACUGCUGCGUACAAUUACAAUGCGACACAAGUUAGCCCCGCCCCUGCUGUCGCUAAACUCGCCCCUCCUGUCAUAAGUCCCGCCCCCUUUUAUGCCCCGUUCCUUGGGCUGUUCCCGCCGUUCAAGCGUAACUCGAAGCCACCGCCGCUGCCCGUGCUGCGCUAUCCAAAGAGUAUUGCCGUUUCCCAGAAUCCCGAGCGAGUCCCUGGGUCCAUGAGUGGGUUUUCUUCACCGGUCGAAAGCUCUGCGUCCGAUGUGAUGUCUGGCAUGAGUGACAGGGAUGAGAGCCAAUCGGAGCGCAGCGUUCAGAUGACGCGGCGCGCUGAAGCCAAAGCGUUCCAGAAGCGCGCCCGCCUGCGCAUCACGGCCCUGAGCGAGCGCGUGGUGGAGUGUCAGCUGCACACGCACGACAACAAACUGGUCACCUUUAAGUUCGACCUGGACGCGGACAACAUCGAAGACAUCGCCUCCGUCAUGAUCCACCGAGACUUCAUCCUGAAACCGGAGCGUGACGCGUUCAUCGACCGCAUGUAUGAGGUCAUCAAGAGGGCGGAGUCUGUGAACGAGCCCCGCCCCCUUCAGGAACCACAGCCAAGGCCUCGCUCGCGCUCGCAUUCCUCCGCUUUUCUUCAUGAGACGCCUGACCCCGCCUCUGCGAGGGGCGGAGACUUCCCUGUCAGACCGCUGCGUUCUCAGUCCUUUCACACCUCCUCAGCCUCCACUCCUCAGCCGCCUGCUCCAUAUCCAUACCAGUACGCCCUCCCAUCACCUGCCGCACCUGCCCCACCUAUACCCCAGAGUCCCACCUGGCCUCCCUCGGACCAGCCUGUACCCCAGACCUGGCCUCACCCGGACCAGCCUGGGGCCCAGAACUGGCCUCACCCGGACCAGCCAAUCUUCUCCCUGUCCAACGUCUUGUCUUUGGCCAUGAGUUUGUCCCAGAACUGGAUCCCCCCUCCUUCGCAGUCUGGGCAGUACGUCUCACCCCCGACUCCCCCGCUCUCCCGCCCACAGAAGGCCUCCUCACCCCCGCAGCCGCACGGCCCUUUGCUCCCAGCUACAUUUACCUCCACUCAGAGCCCUGCAGCCCCAAACUCUGGCAGUGACGCGGGUUCUUCCAACAGACCCCUCAUCUCUCCUCCUCCGUCUCCUUCUCAAAGACUGUCUCCCAGACUGUCUCCCGGUCGAGAAGAGAAGAAACCUGUGGGAACUACAGUGGGACGUUUCCAGGUCUCUCCGUCCAAAGCCCCGCCCCCUCCCAGGCCGCACUCCCCGCCCCCUCCGCCUCCAGACCAAUCGGAGAGCAGCUCUGAGAGCAGCAGCGCAGACUCUCAGACCGCACCGACCAAUCAGAGCAGAGGGGAGGAGUCAGACGGCAGCCAAUCCCACUUUAGCAGGGCCCAGACUGACGUGAGCUCCAACGAAUCAGAGAGCGAGGAGGAGGAGGAGGAGCCGGGAAUGGGGGCGGAGCUUCGAAAGCUGCGAGAGCGUCACCUGUCGCAGGUGGCCCAGCUGCAGUCGCUGCAGAAGAAGGAGAUCGAGCAGCUGUACGAGCGUCUAGGGAAGACUCCGCCCCCCGGCAUCAUGGCGCCGGCCGCCAUCUUGAACCCACGACAGAGACGCCAUUCCAAACCCCCCGCCGUGUUCCCCUCACGGAGCAGUGUGCAAAGGGCAGAGCACAGCGCCCUCAGUGGGAUCAUGAGGAGAGGCUACGUGAGCGGCAGCAGCAGCAGCGGCUCUCAGGAGAGAGCGAAAGGCGUCACGUUUGCCGCCGACACGACCACGAUGGUGAGAGCAGAGAGAGGCGUGUUGUUUGGACCCGUAGAAGAGUGGGAGACAGAGCAGGGCCGCAGCCACAGCAGCACCACAGAGGGGCUGCAGGGGGCCCCCAACAGGAGCCACAGCAGCACCACAGAGGGGCUGCAGGGGGCCCCCAACAGGAGCCACAGCAGCGCCACAGAGGGGCUGCAGGGGGCCUCUAGCCGGAACCACAGCAGUACCACAGAGGGGCUGCAGGGGGCCUCUAGCCGGAACCACAGCAGUACCACAGAGGGGCUGCAGGGGGCCCCCAGAUCACGGCUCCACCAGAGGAGACUUUAUAUGGACCUGGUCUGUUUGGGUCCAGCUCUGCAUGUGCCAGAGAGGGGGGGGGGUUAG